AUGGAAUCCGCUUUGAUUCUCACUCUUCUCACAGACGAUCUCCUCUUGAAAAUCCUUUCCCUUUUGAACGAUGAUUUUGAUCGAAAAUCCUUCCGUUCAACCUGUAAGAUCUUCCACCGGGUCGACUCGCUUCAUCGGACCCACCUCCGAUUCUUCCGCCCCGAGUUCCUCUCAACCCUCGUCGUGAAAUUCCCUUGCCUAAAUUCCCUCGACCUCUCCGUCUGCCCCCGCAUCGAUGAUGCUACGAUCCCACUCUUGCUUUCCUCCAUCCAUAGUGGUUCAUCCAGUUGGGCUGCGAAGAUAAGACGUUUGAAUCUGAGUCGGUGCACCGGGUUGAGAUUCCCCGGGCUGCAAAUGGUUGUUGGUUUCUUUGGAAAUUUGGAGAGCGUUGAUGUGUCAUACUGCUGUGGGUUCGGUGACAGGGAGGCGGCGGCGCUGUCGUGCCUCACAGGCCUGAGGGAACUGAACUUGGACAAGUGCUUGUAUGUUACUGAUGUUGGAUUGGCUAAAAUAAUCGUAGGUUGUCCAAAACUUGAGAGCCUUAGUCUGAAGUGGUGUUUUGAAGUAACUGAUAUUGGGGUUGAACUUCUGUCCAAGAAAUGCUCUGAAUUGAAGCACCUCGACAUUUCAUACUUGAAGGUUACGAGUGAGUCUCUAUGCGCAAUCGGAAGAAUGGAGAGGUUGGAGGUGUUGGAAAUGGUGGGGUGUGGUUUAGUAAAUGACAUGGGAUUGCGUUAUCUUGGCAUAGGAUGCCCUUCACUUCAGGUACUAGAUAUAUCAAGGUGUGACAAACUGAGCUCAUCUGCAUUGGUUUCAGUAAUCAAGGCACAUAGUGGUUUGUUGCAACUUCACGCUAGCUACUCUUUUUUCGAGAUCCCGGUGACUUUUCUUCACCAGUUUAAGGACCUCAAGAAGCUGCGCACACUUAGAAUUGAUGGGGCACGAGUUUCUGACUCUAGCUUCCAAAUUAUCGGCCUCAAUUGCAAUGCUUUGGUUGAAAUUGGGAUGGGAAAAUGCAGAGGUGUCUCAGACAUGGGCAUUAUUCAGCUCGUAUCUGGCUGUGCUAGUUUAAAGGUAUUCAAUCUGACAUGCUGCAGUGACCUCACUGAUUCGGCAAUACAAGCCGUAGCAGAGUCUUGUCGAGAUCUUUCAUGUCUGAUGUUAGAGUGUUGCAAUUUGCUCAGUCAGAAGAGUCUUGAGUAUCUUGGAUCACAUUGUGUCUUACUCGAGGAGAUCGAUCUUACAGAUUGUUCCGGAAUUAAUGACAUUGGACUAAGAUAUUUGUCAAAAUGUUCAGAACUUGUAUGCUUGAAACUUGGACUAUGCACUAACAUUUCGAACAAGGGGCUGUCAUAUAUUGCUUCGAAUUGCCCAAAGAUUCGGGAACUCGAUUUGUACAGGUGUCUGGGAAUCAGUGAUGACGGAUUAGCUUCUUUGUCGGUUGGUUGCAGAAAAUUGAGAAAGCUAAUCUUGUCUUACUGCAGUGCAGUAACUGAUAGAGGGAUGGAAUAUUUAGGCUGUGUAGAAGAACUUUCAGACCUAGAAUUGCGUGGUCUUCCAAACAUUACGUGUACUGGCUUGAGAGCACUUGCAGCUGGAUGCAGGAGACUUGCAGAAUUAGAUCUAAAACAUUGUGAGAACAUUGACGAUUCCGGAUAUUGGGCUCUUGCUUAUUACUCCAGAAAUUUGCGGCAGAUAAAUUUAAGCGGCUGUCAAAUAUCGGAUGUCAGCCUAUGCAUGCUGAUGGGGAACUUGACAUGCCUUCAGGAUGCAAAGUUAGUCAACCUUAAUAAUACGUCUACUUUCUCGAGAAAUAGUCGAGACCCUAAAAGCCAGGGGUUGCAAGAUCAGAUGGGAUUAGGCUCAAAGCAUAAAACAGAUAAAUUUAAUCGGUUGUCAUACUUCAGAUGUCACCCCUAUCCAUGGUGA